AUGGGAGAAGCGGACAAAAAGAAAAUAUAUAUGCGUGUUUCUUUCUAUAUACUUUCUCGGUGUGUGCGGUUGCGUACUUUAAGCAGAGGCAGUCAGGGUUAUGAUAAACAGGGGGGAACUGAGCGGUUGGGUCAUAUGGUUUGGGGGGGGGUGCUUUUCUGCGUUUUCGCUGUCUCGAUCGAAAGCCAGAAGGCAAUAAGCACAGGACAGGUCUGGAAAACAUUUUUAAGAAAUAAACAUUGGAUUGCAAUCAGGAGUUUGGAGAAGAAGCCUAGUAAAGAAAACCCAUUUACCCAAUGUUAUGAAAUUAGAUCUGUUAAUUUGCAACAUCUUGUGUUUGAAUCUCCAGGACCUUUGAUUUCAGUCUCAGAUCUGCCCAUGGAGAAAUACAUGCACCAAACCCCGCCUCAGCCGCGACACCAGCAAAAGGAAUUGUCAGAUUGUAGAAGACGAAAACCCUUUGUGGAAGACGACAGGCAAAGAAGCAUACCAAUCAAGAAGAUGAGGCUCCACAAAGACACACGGCAUCUUAUCUAUAAUGACAGUUCAAUCUCCAUCUUUUCCCAGGAGCACAGAUCUGCCAGGACAAGCCGAUCACCAUCGCCAGGGUUCGAUCCGCUCGCCGUCGCCUCCAAUGCACACAAAAUCUCCCUGUCCAGUUCGCCGCCCUCGCGGGCCAAAGGGGUUAACAGGCGGCUGGCCUGUUUUAUGGCGAGGGAAUACCUCUCACGCGGGACACUGCUGGGGAAACCAUGGCCGCCGCAGGAUUCGAACAUGAGACCUCAGGAAAACGCUACAGCACAGCCGAAGAAGAAUCUUCAAGGAGACAAAGCUGCCAGUGAAAGGGAAGCGCUCUACUAUACUCUCACCACAGAUUUCCUCCGCUCAGAUGAUAUUCACAUUCCCGGUAUUUAUAAUCCUUCACAGAUGGCUGCUUGGCUCGGAUUGAUUUGAUACCAGUCUGCUCAGACCCUAGAAUGAAAAGUCCAAAAGAUGGCUGUGCUAUUUUGUGGUAUAAGCCCCCUUUACAAUUGCUAUUGUCUUCGCAUCGUAAAGGUGAAACUUCCUUAUAUUUUCUUUUGCAGGUUAUCUGUUGCGACACAAAAAUUUCUGUAUAAGAAGGUUUCGACUCUCACGCAGCUGACAGAUUCAGAAUGUAUGAAUACGUUUUAUGGGGGCGGUAUUUUAUGGCUAGACUAAUACCUGCAGAGUGUUUGGAGUCUGCAGAUUGAAAGUAAUAUACAGAUUAAGUGUAAAAGAGGUUUUUUCUUUCUUUUACGUUACGGAAGGCAAUUCGUAGGUGUCUUUUUAUUUACGGCAGGAUACAGGUUCGAAUCCGGAAAGCUGCUGUUAUAAAGCUUCCCUUGUACGAAACCCUCAGCCAGGAAACACUCGGCGUAGUCCACUGGUUGAGUUAAUUUUCACUGUUGUUGUUUUGUUCGUCAUUUGACGGGAUUUUGAAGUUAAUUUAAGGCAGUAAUUGUUGUUUCCUUCUUUCAUGCAUCAAUCAUCUUGUCAUGUUACAC